AUGGACGCUAUUGCAGUACAGUUGAGGACGAAAUUCAUCCAAAUGGGACUACGUAUGAUAGUUUUGUUACAACUUACAUCAUAUCUUUGGCCGCAGGACACUCCUCUAAAAGAUGUACAACCAUGCUACGACUUUAUAAUAGUGGGAUGUGGUACAGCUGGCAGCAUUCUUGCGAACAGGCUAUCUGCGAGCGGCCAACAUCAAGUGCUGGUCAUUGAAGCCGGUGGAGACCCUCCCAUGGAAUCCUUAUACGCGGGAACCUUUCUAUACCUGAAAAACUCCCAAUAUGACUGGAACUUCACCACUGUCAACGAUGGAUUCACAGCACAAGCCCAUAGAAACAAUAUCCUCACCUUAACUAGUGGAAAAAUGCUCGGCGGUAGUAGUUCUUUAGGUCACUUGCUUUAUCUCCGCGGAGAUCCGACUGACUACAACCGUUGGGCUGAUAUUGUCAAAGACCAAUCAUGGAACUACGAACACCUGAUAAAAUAUUUUAGGAAAUCCGAAAUGCUAGACUUUAAGGAUAUGUAUACACGAAACAAUUUAUUUCAUGGCACUGAUGGACCAAUGGGUGUAACCAAGAUUGUGAAUCACGUCAGUCAAAAAUAUUUACAUAUUUUCAAACAAGCAGGUCACGAAAUUAUAAAAGACGGAAAUACGAAUAUGACUCUAGGAUACUUUGAGCCGAUGUUCAUGAGCAAAGACGGCAUCCGUCAAAGCGUAUCUUAUACAUAUUUAACUCCAAUUAAAAAUCGACCAAAUUUACAUUUUCUGAAAGAAGCUGAAGUGAUAGACAUUAAAUUAAAUAAAGACAAAGCUGUCGGUGUAACAGUAAUUAAAAAUAAUGACAUCAUAAGAAUGAAAGCAAACCGAGAGAUUAUUCUUUCAGCUGGUGCAAUUAAAACACCUCAGCUGUUGAUGUUAUCAGGUAUAGGUUUAAGUGAUCAUUUAAGUGACCAUGGUAUCGAAGUUAAAAAACAUUUGCCUGUAGGCAAAUUCUACCAAGACCAUUUAGAAGUAACUGUUGUACAUAAACUAAAUGUUAACAAUCAGAAAUCAUUCCCAGCUGAUCCUCACGAAUUUCCCGCAUCCGUCAUCGUAGGUAACGUGGCUGUUGACAAAGGAAAAAGAGCACCAGACUAUCAGUCACAAAAUUUUAUAAUUCCCAGUGAUUCUGACACUCUCCUAACACUUUGUUCCGUUGAAAAUGCUUUUAUAAAUGAUAUCUGCGAAUCUAUAUACAACAAAACAAAAGGUUAUGAAACUAUGCUUUCAAAAAUUAUAUUCUUGCGUCCUAAAGCAAAAGGCCAUGUUGUUUUGCAAAGUGCAGACUAUAAAGACAACCCUUUGAUUAUCUCCGGUUUUUAUUCUCACGAUAUAGAUGUGGAUACUAUGUCAAAUUACAUUAUUCACUUUCUACAACUAUCCAAAACACCCGUUUUCAAACAAUUUGGUGGCGAUAUCGUUUUCCCAACAUUACCGGAAUGUGAUAAUUAUCCUGGUAUUACAUAUUGGAAGUGUUAUGCGUUAAAUAUGAUGGGCUCUUCAUAUGACUACACGGGUACUUGUUCUAUGGGCUCAGUAGUUGAUAGAAGACUAAGAGUAAUGGGGGUGGGAGGUCUUAGGGUGGUAGACGCUAGUGUGAUACCUGUAAUACCCAGUGGUAGUAUCCAAGCAGCAGUUAUGGCGAUUGCAGAGAAAGGAGCUGAUAUGAUUUUAAAAGAGGCUAAGAACAAAAGUCCUUCUAGAUGCAAUCCAAAUACAUAA